CUGGGCUGAACCCGCUCGCCGCGACCGAUUCUUCUUCUUCCCCCUCCCUCCCGCACAGGGUUCGAAACGAAGAAAGAAAGAGUGCAAGGUGUAGUGGUGCGUCGAGAUCCGUGAAAAAAAAAAAAAAAGUGCACGCGACACCGGCGCCGACCUUCGAAGUUGUUCACCGUCGCUCCUCCGGCGUCCGAGACCGUGGUGGGGAUGUUCCGUGAGUGAGAAUCUACCCGAUCGUGGAGGCGGCGGCGACGGGCGAUGUGAAAGGGGGGAGCUGACCGGAGGAAAGCGCAUGCGGCGGCGGGUGGGCCAGCGCCGAACACCUGUUGGUUUGAACACCGGCGCCGCGGACGUGGUGGAUCCUAUGCGAAGCCUCCUGCGCACGCCGACGACGACCGGCAGUCCGGGUUUGCCGCCGCGGAGUGUGUGACGCGACCGGUCGUCGACGUCGCGCCGUGAGGAAGACCGUGACGGGAUCCCAGCGCGGGCGCGUGGGCGCGCCGUGACCGCGACCUGGAGGUCCCCCCGUUGGCUUUGUCCCGCGGCGGCGAUGGUUGCGCGACUUGCCACCGGCUGCUCGAGGUGAAUGCGGCCCGGCGGCCCGGUGGUCGUCGCCCGUCGGCCCUCGCAUGAGUCGGCGCCGUCGCCCAUGCUCGGCGGCGAGGAAGAAGCGCAGGCGCGUCCGUGACGGCUGCGGGCCCCCGCCAGAGCAUCGCCGCGCGGGCGGGCCCUGAGGCGAGCAUGGGCCGCGCGCUGCUCUACCCGACCUAGAAGAGGCUCGGCAGCGGCGCGAGCAAGCUCGCCGCGGCGGCCGCAAGCAUGAAGAAGAUGGGGCUCCGCUCCGGCGGCGCGCGCUGCGUGGAGCCCGGAGGCCGGAUCGUCAAGUACACGCCUUGCUCGCGGCAGGACAUGCGCGUCAACGACGACCUGGACGAGAUCGCGGUCGUCAGCAACGCGGCGCCCGAGAACGUCAAGUACGGCGCCGGCGGCGGCGGUUCGCUCACGACCAACGGGCCCAGGGUGGUGCCAGGAAUCAUCACCUCCGCUGGCGGUGAGCGCCUCGAGCGCCGCUCGUCGCCCCUGUACACCGGUCGUUCCUCGGAGAACAUCAAGUCGGCCUCGUCACGACAGUCGCUGCUGGAGACCGUAGCGGGCAAGCUGCAGCACCGCGGAUCAGUGUCAGCCGCCGCCGCCGACGGUGUCCGGUCCCGCCCGAGCCUGGCCUUCAUCAACCGCGCGCACGUCAGCUCCGACCUGGAGAUACCGCGCAAGACGCGCGAGCUGCGCCGCCGGGAGAUCAAGCGCGAGUUCGAGAAGUGGGACGCGACGGGAGGAGGCGUCGGAGGCGGCGGCGGUGGCGGCGGCGGGGCGGGAGACCGCUCCCGCUGCAAGUGGACUUUCGUGUUCGACCCGUCGGGACGCCUCUGCUACUACUGGUCCAUGGUGGUCAGCGUGGCGUUCCUCUACAACUUUUGGGUCAUCAUCUACCGCUUCUCCUUCUGCGAGAUCAGCGCGUCCAGCAUAUUCGUCUGGUUCGCGCUCGACUACCUCGCCGACUUCCUGUACGUGCUGGACAUACUCUUCCACUUCCGAACGGGCUUCCUCGAAGAAGGGGUUUUACAGACCGACUCGGAGAAGCUUCGCGCGCACUACAUGAACUCAACCAUGUUCUACAUCGACGCGCUUUGCCUACUGCCGCUCGACUUCUUGUAUCUCUCCAUCGGCUUCAACUCGAUCCUGCGCUGCUUCCGCCUCGUGAAGAUCUACCGGUUCUGGGCCUUCCUGGACCGCACCGAGCGGCACACGAACUACCCGAACGUGUUCCGCGCCGUGAACCUGACGCACUACGUGCUGGUGAUUUUCCACUGGAACGCCUGCCUGUCGCACAUCAUCUCGACGACAGACGGCUUCGGCUCUGCCGGCUGGUUCCGUAGCAGCUCGUGCGAAGCGAGCGACGUGCUGUGCGAGUACCUGCACGCCUUCUACUGGAGUACGCUGGCGCUGACCACCAUCGGCGACCUGCCACGGCCGCGCACCAAGGGAGAGUACCUGUUCCUCGUCGUGCAGAUUGUGCUCGGUUUGUUUCUCUUCGCGGCCGUCUUGGGCCACGUGGCCAAUAUUGUGACCAACGUCAGCGCGGCCCGGAAAGAGUUCCAAGCCAAGUUGGACGCGGUGAAGACGUACAUGCGCAUGCGUCACGUGCCGGAACACCUACAGAACAAGGUGAUCCGGUGGUUCGACUACCUCUGGCUGACGCAGAAGUGCUCGGACGAGGAGCGCUCGGUGGGCUGCCUUCCCGACAAGCUCAAGGCUGAGAUCGCCAUCCACGUUCACUUAGACACGCUCAAGCGUGUCGAGAUCUUCCAGAACACCGAGGCAGGCUUCCUCUGCGAGCUGGUGCUCCGACUGAGACCCGUCCUCUUCAGCCCUGGCGACUACAUCUGCAGGAAAGGUGAAGUGGGCAAGGAGAUGUACAUCGUGAACCGCGGCCGGCUCCAAGUGGUCACGGACAACGGCAAGACGGUGCUGGCGACGCUGCGCGCGGGCUCUUACUUCGGCGAGAUCUCCAUCCUCAACAUGGGAACGGCCGGCAACCGCCGCACGGCUUCGGUGCGCUCCGUCGGCUACUCGGACCUCUUCUGCCUCUACAAGCAGGACAUGUGGGACGUGCUCAAGGACUACCCCGCCGCCCGAGUGCGUCUAGAAGCGAUCGCCGUCAAGCGGCUGGAGAAGUACAAGCGAGAGCCGAUGCGAAAAAUGUCCCUGGGCCGGAGCCGGAGCACCCCGGGUCUGGUCGAGUCUCGAGGCAAGCUGCCCUUGGAAGAGGUGACACCGGGCGCCCCCUCCAAGGAGGCCUCCUCCUCAGUCGCCGCCCUCCUCCAGCCUUCCUCGGCCCCGCAGGCGGCCGAAAGCCCCCUCAGCAGCAGCCGCUCAAACGGCGCCGGUGCCGUACCCUAUGACCAACACCAUCCCCCCAAGCAUCAUCAGCAGCACCCGCCUCCGCCGCCGUCCGCCGCAUCCUCGGCCGAGCCGAGGCGGCUGGCCUCCACGACGGUGACGACCACACCGGCGUCGCCGUACCGCCAGCCGCUGCCGCCGCCAUCUCCAGGCGUAGGCCUCACGGCGGCCGACCUGUCCAGCAAUGCGAGCCCGGCCGGCACUUCACCCGCGUCCACGGCGCAGCUGAUGGUGCCAAGCCCACUGCUGUGCGGCGGCGUGAUGGGCAGUGGCGGCGGCAUGAGCCCCCUUUCUGUCCGGGACGCGUCCCAAGAGGCCCUGCUUGCCGAGAUCAAGAGACUGCGUGAGCGGCUGGUCACUCUCGAGGCUGAGAACGCUACCAUGAGCGUCAAGCUGAGCCAGCAGCAGUGGGAGGUCGAAAGCCGGCUCGCCGAGAUCGAGCUGCAGAUAUGCGGCGCCGCGAGCCCCGAGAGCAGUGGAUGCUCCUCCGACGAGCAGGAGCGAAACCGCGAGUCCAUCAUCUGACAUCGCCCGCUGCUCGUCUCCCUUUGCUUAUUCGGGGACCGCUGGCUCCUUGGCGGGUUCCGGUUCUUUGCUGCUGCGGCCACGAAGCACGCCGCCCCUUGGACGUCGACGUGGGGGACUCUUUGGCAGCGGCAGGUGCCGUACGCCUGGACGUUGUGCACCUACUUCAUACCGGUGGUUGGUGCACGCUCAUACACAAAAGCUGUGCAGCAGUGUGAAAGAGACUGCGUCCCUUCUUAGCACAAAUAAAAGCCCGCCAUCUCCAGUCGACACCAGCCAGUCUCGCCGAAGGUGUAAAUAAAGUUUUGCCGCUCCCAGCGAAGUCACUACACGCCUGCAUGCGACCGCCCGGCGAGGUUACAUCCCUCCGGAAAGCAUGGUGCGCGUGAACGCAAGACUACGAGGACACAAAUACGUGCGCACAUGCGUUCGGAGCAGUGGAAAUAAGUGACUGUGGAAAGAGCACGGACUUACGCUCUGACACACACACACACACACACAAAAAGAAAGGCACUAUCGUGUUUCUUCUUUCUUUACUGACAUUUUUCGUUUUCCUUUGUUUCUUUGGUCAAAUGAAUACGAGGAACGUUAGGUUCUGUGCCACUUUCUCCUUGUACUUUUAUUUGUUGACGCUGUUUUUUUAUCUCGAUCUAAGGCGCACUAGCACUAUCGACCAAUGGAAGACUGCGACAGCAAACUCAACCUACCAAGAGCAUCUUUGAUAUGCUUUGUGCUCCUCUGAAAGUGCGUGUGUUGUUGUGUGUUUGAAGCACAUGCCAACUGGGAUGUCGAAUUACUUCUCUAUAACUUUCCUCCCAUUUGCUAUUUCUUUUUAGUCCGCACGACGAGAAUUUGUGCGGUUGAGUGCUGCUAAACAGUAAUAAUGACAACGGUGUGUACCCUCACUCAUUCUCGCGCACGCCUGUGGCGUGAUGUCGAUAAUUAUGAGAAUUGUUUAAAAUUUUGGUGGAGCAUGUUGUAUAGGCUUGCACAAAGAAAAUGAAUGUGAUCGUGUUGGCAGAAAAAAAGUAGUCUAGUCUUAGUUAAGUAUCUCUUCUGUGAUUGUUGUUGCCAAAAACGUACAACAGUGAACAUAGGUAUUGUUCUAAUGAAGGCUUAAGACACUGGUUGUGACAAUGUCACUCGCUACUGUGAGGAUACACAAAAAAAAAAACAUGUCAUAAGUGUCGCUCACAAGCCGAAGACAGAGUUGCCUAUAGUGUGUAAGCAAAACUUAAUGAAUUUGAACCUUUGAUCUCUACAGGUGAUGAGAUGCUGUAUAGGAGCUUAAGAAAUUACUUUCGAGCUUUGAAAAAAUUGCGGGAUUAGGUCUCGGUAGAAUCAUAAACCAGUAGUUUAUCCUUUAACGUAAGCCUUAGGCGAGAUUUUGAUGACACAGGGUUCUUAGGUCUUAGCAGCGUCUGGUAUGAUAGGCUCAGGAAGGUUGCUGUAAUUUGCUCUUAAAUGCGCUCUCCGAACACGGCAAGAUGUUCCUUCGGAGCUGAGGAGCAGGAACCAAUGAAUUUUUGUGUAUAGGUUUUAUAGAUUUACUCAAAUCACACAAGAGGAAUGGCAUCGCGUCACUGCAAAGCAAAAGAAACAUACGCGCACUAAAGUCCCUGCAGUUAUUUUACGAAUUAGUUCCGCUUAUUCUGGCAGUUAAACAAUGAACGCAAUGUAGACGUAUUCAAUGACAUGGGAAGAAUGGCAGACACCACGUAGCUCAAAAGAAAAUGUCGAUAUUUUCUGUUAUUCGCGCAUGGAUUGGGUUUGUCACUGUCAAAUACAAGAAGCUAUUCGUCGAAACAAAAAGCGAAAAAAAAAACAGGAAUCAAGAGCAAUGUACACAGGAAAUUUGUUCCGCAGUCGCGAACCAAGUACAAAUGUGAGCAAAAUACAUAAUUUAUCACUGGUAUUUCCCACGCGAGCGCGGAAGAUAAAAAUGCUCUGACCUGACUUCCGAAUUGCACGAACUUAUAAAAUGUCAUUUAACCACUUGAACAACCUAGUAUUAGGGUACAGUAAACAGGUGUAAUGUUCGUUCUGUGCGUUGUCGUUCAGGGGCCAGUAGCGCGAGGAAUCGACCUCAGCUGAAGGAAAGAGAGAAGGGAGCCGCAUAUAUUUCUCGGUGCGUUAUCUUUGUACGAAGUUAAAGAAAAAAACAGUUAUGUAUCCAGACGAGCGCCUACACUUUUUAAUAGAUCAUGGUUUGAAAGCACACAUUGACAUGCCGCGGACGCGCCAUCAGCGUAUCCUCGGCGCUCAGUCAAGACGGGACUCCUUCAGCUCGUCACGUGUCAAACUUAGCCCUUCGGGUGGCGUAACACAGUCGUCAGUAACAUUAUCUUGACAGCCUUCUUAUAUUGUCUCUCUCUCUCUCUCAGGCACAAAUGUUUGCUUGGAUCAUCCUCAAUACUGUCAUGGACCAAUCAUCAUCCCGGGUUCCUUGUUUUAUGAGCUCAUGUGAAACACUGCACCUGUGGGACCCGGUUGCAUGCAACUGAGAGGACGCUGGAUGUAUAUUACACUUCAUGGUGGGCAUCAAGGAAGCAAGCUUUAUCCCCUGUUCACACAUACACACACACAAAACUAAACGUUUGUGCGUGUUCGAAAAAAGCGUGUCUUGUAGCCAGAAACUUUGCUUGUGCGCAUCACAGCGUUCGAAGUUUGCAAUUAAUUCUUUCGUCCUUACCUCAUGCCCCGCCCUUCGCACAUAUUGCUCGUCCACGAAAUUUCGUUAGCUAUGGUGACUGGAAUAUAAAUGGCGUGGUUCAAAACAAUUACGCAUUCUUUUUAGGCUGUAAUGAUAUCUGCAGUCAAGGCGUGAGUAAUAACUGGCGACUGACAACAAGGACCAGAGAUUAAAUUUCAUCGACAGCAAACAUGGAGUUGUUAUCAUUCGACAACUUUUUGACUCCUUCCUGCUAAUGGCAAAUGUUCUGAAAAUUUUCUCUUUCCGAAACCUAGUUGCAGAAUGAUUCAGCAACUGUAAAAUAAAGAUUUUUCAGUUACGAGUUUCUCUUCACGAGUCGCUCGAAAGGUAUUCUUUACUUCUCAUAAUACCGCUGGCUAGGGGUAAGCAUGCAGGAGACGCUUCAGUUAUAUAACGUCCUCUCAUGGGACAAAAAUACAUGUAUUAUACAGCCCUAAACUCUAGGCGCGAAUUACUUCUUAUGCAUCGCAGUAACCGUUGAUAAUAAACAGUGAACAAAUGCUCAUGAACUUGUUGAAGACUUCGUAUGAUAGCUCAAGCAGAAAACAGUUUAGUAAUCAUGAGCAAAACGUGUUUUCGAUUUCCAGAUAUAAAAAUUAAGUUAUCAAACGAAAUCCCGAUGUUAGAAAGAAAAACGCGCAUAAUAAAUAACUGAAGCUGCUGAAAUUUCCAACCUUCUGUCACCUUUUCUCUUGGCUGAAGUGUACUGACAAGGAAUUAAGAGCUGCAACAGCAGGUGGAAUGUUAUCCCAUAAAAUUUGCUGCGACUGUCAUUGCCCCAAGCACUUGUUCAGAGAACAUUUAGAAAUGAUUACAAUAAAUAGGCAAUAUCUGGCUGCGAUAAUCAAAGGAUGGAGAUGCUGCUAUUUUUUCAUGCGGGUAAAGUGUUAUCUUGGCACGAAUAAAUGUUCAAUGCUCAAAAAUACAAAUGAAAAGGCAGAAUUUCGCUUACGAAAUGGGUGUGCAAGAAAGUACAGAAAGUCAUUUCGAGCAGCUAAAGGAGGCAGCGAAGAACUGUUACUAUCUUGAUGAGAGAAAAGCAGCUUGUAAGGAAGUUAGUCCUUACCUACAUAUUCUUCCAGCCUUUCUUUUCGAACACGCACCCAUUCACUGGAAUCCGCCAGAAUACUUCACCCUUCUUGCCUUACGCGUACGUUUUUUGCACAUGCCAGGCAGACAAGGGCGGAACGCUCAGACUCUUACCACAUCCCAUUGUUCACGUCUAAUCCCAGGACAAAGCAAGAAAAUUCGACUGCCCUUUCUCUCUCUGUGUGUGCUUUCUCUCAGCUCUUUCUCUCUCACUCUCCGCCCCUCUUUCUGAGUGUGCAGUUUGCGACAAAGCCAAAGCAACGGUCAACACGGAACGAAGCGCGCUUUUCACGGUUCACGUCGUGCAAUCUGCGCAGCGCAAAGCCGGAGCGCGAGUUACUAGGCGGGCGAAAGUCCGAUGCAUUUCCAAUUGAAUCAAACCCGCCCGGCUUCAGGGAGAGGCAAGGCUCCUCGCUGCCGAACAGCUGCCUUCGUUGUCACCGAAAUUGGCGAGGCAAGAGGGGCACCGUAAUGACGACGUUGGCCCGCAGCUCGUUUCCACGAGUCUCCGCGCUGCUUUGGCUACGUCGUGUAGGAGAGGGCGCUUUCGAAGCGUGAGAACAUUUGCAAUUCAUUGCAUUCCUCUUGCGCUGCAAUACUCGCGUUAAGUGGUGGCUCCCAGUCCCGACGAAUGUUGGCACUGGCCCGUCUGACACCCUCACCCGCCCCCUCGCCCUUCACCCUGCCCUCCCCGCUCUCACCUUCCCUCUCGUAUGCGCGUUCAUCGUUCUUUUUUCCCUUUUUGCUUAUUCUCUCUAUGCCGAUGUACCUCUUUCUUUUCCUUUCAUCUCGCUCUCUCUAUUCUGUCGGCCGCACACUGGCAAAGACACUGUCUUGGAGAAGUUCAGAUUUCGUCACUGUUAGCCCACCAGCAAGACCGAAGUUUCGUGUUGAG